GAUACUACUCCACGGUUUAGACAGUUAGAUCUAAUUAAGAGCUGAUGUUGGUGUGUAAAAUUGUCAUUCUCUUAGCAGAGAUGGAAAUCUUGAAAAUAGUUGCAUUUCUGUUCACUUUGUGUUUCUUAAGUCAUCUGCAUAUGCAUCAAGUGUUGUCACUUUGCAGCUCUCCUCUGACUUGAACCUCUCCUCAAAACGGAACCACGUUAAUACAGCCGUUUCCUGCCUGGAUCUGGGGUCUCACGUGUUCUCAAGCGGAGCUCGCCAUUUCAGUGCGGGGUCAGGUCAGGGUAUUUGUGCCUUUUUAGGUGUGUAGUUAUUAAGUUCAGCGAUAGUUGCUGACAGAACUUAGCCCAAAUAGAUUGGCUGGUAGCUGGGAGUUCAAUUGUGAGGAUGCGUUUAGAUUCCUGUGGACGCUGCUGGAUUAGCAGCAGCGUAGCGCUGCCUGCCUUGUUCACAGUGCAUUGGAAGUGACCCCCUUACCUGCUGUUUGUGUUGUGAAGUCCCUGCUCUGCCGUGCUGUGAGGACGUUUUGUGUGCAGCUGCCUCUGGGAGCUAAACUUCUGUUUCUUGUCAGUCACAACAUGGGGAUGUAGCUUCAAGAGAAGCAUCAUGUUGCCACCAGGCUGCCAUUUACUUAUUGGCACUGCAAGAACAUGUCAUUUUUCCUUUUGCUUAAACACAGCAAUACUCCGGAUCUCCUCCUGUUAGAGACAGUGAUGCAGCUGUAUCCAGCUUGCUUGUGCUGGGAGCUGACUUUGCCAUCUACCCUCUUUGCUGAUAGAGGUUAUGGCUGAACUGCUUGCCUGCAAGAAGCUUCCAAGGCUUAUGAAAAUGCCAGCCUACCUGUGUAGCAACUGAUACAGGGAAUCCAAUGCGGUUGUGGGGAAUCACAGAAAAUAGAGAACUUUCUUCUUGAAGUCUUUCCCAACUGUGCUGGCAUCAUUGAUGUGUGUUGCAUGUCCUCAUUAUCUGUUUGUGUCUCACCAGGCUUGAUUCUUUAUCAAGAGGAAAAGAGAUGCAGAUCCUUCUGCCAGUGAGAACCAAGAUGGUCUGAUUUUGAAGAAUGAUAUGACAGACUACUUGUUGCUGUGUUUUGAAUUCGUACAUGUAAUGCUACAAGCGAUCUGUAAUUUUCUGUGCUCAUAGGCAGUCUAGAUCUUUAGCUUUGAGCCUUUGGUUGCUUCCCUCUGGCACUGCCUCAUGACAAUCACAGCUUAUCCACUGUAGAGGAAAAGCGCAGGGAUAUAUUAAAUGUUGCAACACUGGGUGUAUAAUAUGUUUAUUAAAAAGAAACCUGAAAUGAGUAGUAGACGUGUAGCUAUGAAAUUGGAAUGGAGUUGAGAAGUGGAGACAUCUUGUUAGCUGCCAUAGUAGGUGUUGUGCCAUCCCCUGGUUGAAUUCUUUCUUGCACACAGUAUUUCCUGCACAUUUCUUUCUACCACUGGGAGGUUUUUGAGAGGCUGUAGGAAGUACAGCUUAAUCUUUAGUGGGAUCCUCAUGAGUGAUGGGAUGCCGAAUCCAGGAAUUGGGUCUGAAUUGGCUGUAAGUGCUGGCUGGGAAGAUACCAGGAGGUCUGUCUGCUCUGUGCCUUAGCUUAGGCCACUCCUACUGUUCAGCCUAACAAGAGCUCAACAGAGAUUGCUAAUGCUGUUUGACUGCUCUCUGUGGUUGCCCUGCAAUAUACGUAGCUGACUUCAGAAUUUGCAGUUAUCUCAUUGCAUCUGACUUCUUGGGUACUUUUUCUUUCCACCCAGUUAUGACUUCAGCCUCUUGAAUGCUGAGAAUCAAGCAAGAAAAGUAGUGAUGGUUGUUCUUUUCUCAGGUGGCUAUAUGUCCUCAUUACUGAUCCUUUUCCUCAGCUGUUUUUCUCUUCUUCCUAUGGUGGAGGAGGUUAUGGCCAGAACUGCAACAUAGGGGACAGGAAUUGGUGUAAGGAUCUUCAGCAUCUUUGCGGAGAGAGGAAAGACCUGGUGGUAGGAGCCUUUGUAUGUAGGUUCUAGACAUGCAUGAAAGAAGGGGGAUGGGGAGAGGUGGUUGAUGGAGCAGCAGUAGACACUGGUGUGGUCCCACUGCUGAGAUCUCUGGGUCUGUUCAAGCAGCUUUUAUUUAACCUGAGUGAUGGACAUUGGUUUAUGUCACUUCAGGUCAGCAGAAACUUUUAGUGAAGCUAAGAGCCGAGUUGGUGCUGAUGCUGUUGGCUCUGCUUGAUAUCUGUGGAUAUAAUGAGCUUGUAGACAGAAGCACUUACCUGUUCAGGUAGAUUUCAGUGGAAAUAUUCAUGUCUCAGGAAGACUCUGAAUGAGCCUUGGCUGCCUUAAGCUAAAGUUUAGUAUUGCAAACUCCAGCUCCUUAGUUGAAUCUUAGUACUUUGUCUUGAGGUGGAGAUAGGAUGCAAACACAGGACAAGCAUAAAUGCAGGGCUUCAGGUUUCUGCUGUAAUUGUAAUGUGUUCUCAGAAUAGGUAAGCAGUUUUGUUGAACUAUCUGUGUUUGUUUUCUCAGUGGUGCAGCCAUGAAAAAUGAGAAAAGUGGGAGGGGACACAGAAACAGUGGUUAAGGGUUGCGGUGUGCUUGGUAGUCUUAAAAGUGGCAUGCAGCACGAGCCUCAGCUGUAGCCACUGUUGCAUGGCAUAUCCUGUAAUUGUGAGUUUGAGUGAGGUCUCUCUGCUGAAGUGUCCUUUUUACAAAACAGGUGGGGUCUCGCAAGUGUUCAACAAAACAGUGGCCUGGUGCCUACACAGCAGUUAUCGUACUUGGAUGGGAGGCAGCUUGUUUGUCUCUCCUAGGAGUCUUCAAGCAGGCUUGAGAGAUACUCCAGUGGCCAUCUCCCUUCUGCUGUGUUGCAUGCAGGACCUUGUCUCUUGUCAUGACAACUUGGAUCUUCAUUCUGAAAUUCAUACUUUUCUUCAAAGGGCUUCAGAUGGCUGGAUUGAUGUUUGGACUUAGUAUUUGGUCAAGUUCUCUGCAGUAUGCAUGGGGCGUCCUGCCAGAUGGAUCGCACCAGUUACUUUCCUUACCCUUUUUAUGGGUUUGAGUUGGAGCAGUGCAGAGGGAGGUCCCUUUGGCGUCUGUAGUAAAGCAUUUACACAGAGGAAGCGUGGUCCAUCAUUUUAGUGCUGCCAAAAAGAUACCACUGAGCACAGAUUACAUCACAGUUCAUGCAGGCCCAAAGCCAUGGGGACCUGGUUAUUGAGCAGAUGGUUUCUAGCCUGGCUGCCUCUGCUGACGUGGGCCUGUUAAGAAAACAGUGACAUGCUGUUUCUCAAAACUUUCACCCAACUAGGCAAGGCAGGAUUCAGUGCGAAACAAGUUCUGAUGCAGGAGUUGACAGCAAAGAGAAAUGUGAAGCAGACCGUUAUCUGUGUGACAAACUUGAGUAUAGAGGAGGGCAGUAAUCAGAGCAAGCUAUGCAGAGACAGUGGCAUUUGAGCUCAAAGUGAGAAGGGAUCAGGAGGGAUUGACAGGAAGAAUCUUACAGACUAGCUAUUCAGAUAUGUGCUAAGUGAACUGGCAACAUUUCAGAGUUUACUCCUGCAGAAGUGUUUCAACAAAUUUGAAUUGAUAGCAUGAGUUAAUAGUGGCUCAGCACUGUUCAAGUUUUGUAUUCUGUUUUAAAACUAGAUUUACUAUUCCAUGGAGUCACAGCCUAAGGUGCUGCAGUACUAAAGAGUUGUCUUGGCUCAGUAGCGUGCCUCAGUUCAGUAGAGGUUUCAACAGAAGAGGCAGUUUCUUCAGUGACUGCCAGCUACAGUGUGCUGAAAUUACAAAAUUAAAUAUGGUGAGUGAUGGCAGUGUGAGAGAAAGUAACCCCAACUCUAUAAUCUUAUUUCUUAUGCCAGAGGCUUGAAUGUCAACCUUUGGAUGUCUGGAGAUGAAAAUGAGGAAGUGCCUGUAACUUCUCUGUUUCCAGAGUAACCUCCUGGUCAAAAAAGCUUAGCAGCAACCUGUACAAUUUUUGGAAGGAAGCCAGGGACCUUUUCUUCUCACUGUUGCAUUUGGAAAGAAAAUGGAAAUAUCCAAUGUAAAGUAAGGUAGGACUGAAUAUAAGGAGAGGAUGGGAGGUGAGGUGAAGUGUAGUUGGGAGGAGUGAAUAACAGAAAACUGCAGAAAGAGCAACAGUUAGACAUGUAAAGAGCAGAGAAAUUAUGAAGAGGGUAAAAAAGUUUGUUAGGUAAACUAUGAUAAAUUCAGUUUGGAAAAGCCUUUUUUGGUUUUCUAGGGAAAAUAAGAUGGACAAAUUCAGGACUACCACCAAUUUUGGAAGUGGCAAAUUCCCUUUCAAUCAUGAAAAUGUGAUAGUGCUGUAUGUCCUUAUUGUCCUAAUUAUGUUCUGCUGUGAUCUAGUUAAAAAAUGUAUUUCUUUAGCUCAUAUGAUCAAUUCAGAAUUUUGGCUUUCAAGUUGAAAUCUGCCUUUCUUUCCAUCGCCCCAAAUCCCCCAACCAAAAAAUAAACCCUCAUUCAUAAAGACUUUUAGGUCUUUUGCAGUGUUAAGAUGUGGCUUGCUUUGGUUUUUUUUCAGUUGACAAUUUGUUUGCUAUUGCAUAGUUGCAGGCCACUGAAGACUACUGUUAUCUUUCCAUUUUGUUUUGAUCUUUUACAGGAAUAUAAGGUUUGUUAUAAGAUGUUGGGAAGUGUUUUGUGGUGAACGCUGGUUGCGGUGUGGACUACAUUUUGAUGUGUCUUUUGUAUGGUUGCUGAUAAUGCUGGGGAGCUACAACUUACACCCCAAAGGAACUGAAGAUUCCUCUUUAAAAGGUGCAGUGCUGUGAAAACUGUUACUGACAAUUGAAAAUGGACAUGUUGCAGAUCCUACGUAAAACCACAGAGCGCUUAGAGUGUGAUCACUGCAGCUUCAGAGGAACGGACUAUGAAAACAUACAAAUUCAUAUGGGUACCAUACACCCAGAGUAUUGUGAUGAAAUGGAUGCCGCCGGUUUGGGUAAACUUAUAUUUUAUCAAAAAAGUGCAAAACUGUUUCACUGCCACAAAUGUUUCUUUACCAGCAAGAUGUAUUGCAACGUAUAUUACCACAUCACAGCACAGCAUGCAGCACCUGAGAAAUGGAAUGAGGGGCAGAAAGAACAGGUAGAAGGAGAUUCAGAUUCCUCCAAAAAAAGUGUUGCAUUGGAGCCACAGAAGCCUACCCUUUCCCCUGAGUCACGCAAACCUACUGUUUCUCCUGAGCUCCCCAAAUCUGAACCUGUUGUUUCCCCCAAGCUUCAGAAAUCUUCAGUGUCUCCAGAGCCCCAGAAGUCGGCUCAGGCAACUUCCUCAGAGUCAGAGAAGUCAGCCCAUGCCAUGUCCCCAGAUCCAGAAAAGUCACCCCAGGCCACAUCUCCAGAUCCAGAGAAGUUAGCCUCAGCUGUGUCCCCUGACUCUCAGAAGCCAUCUCCUGCUGUGUCCCCUGACUCUCAGAAGCCAUCUCCUGCUGUGUCCCCUGACUCACAGAAGCCAUCUCCUGCUGUGUCCCCUGACCCACAGAAGCCAGCCCCGGCUGUGUCUCCAGAGCCUCGUCGGCAUUCCCCGGCUGUGUCUCCAGAACCUCGUCGUCAUUCACCAGCAAUGUCUCCAGAGCCCCGUCGCCAUUCUCCCGCUGUAUCACCGGAGCCUCGUCGCCAUUCUCCCGCUGUGUCUCCGGAGCCCCGCAGAUACUCCCCAGCUGUGUCACCAGAGCCAAAGAAACCCACUCCAGCAGUAUCCCCUGAACCACGAAGGUAUGCCCCAGCUGGCUCUCCUGAGCCCCGAAGGCAUCCUUCGCAAAUGCGUAGGCCUGCUUCUGCUUCUUCACCCGAAACCCGGAGGCCGCCUCCUGCAGUUUCGCCAGAGUCAUGGGGACCUGGUCCGACUGUUUCCCCAGAGCCGUGGAGAUCCACACCUCACGAGGUGCAGAAGUCUUCCACGGUAUCUCCCUGGGCUCCAAAGCCUGCCAUGUCAGUGUCUGUAGAAUCCCGGAGGUCUGCCCCUGAGUCCCGAAGGCCUGGCCCCGUUGUGUCGCCAGAACCUAGGAGGCUUGUUUCUGACUCGUGGAAAUCUACAUCCUUUUCUGAAUCCCAGAAGUCUACUCUUGUUUCUUCUGAGCCAUGGAAACCCAUCUCAUCUGUUUACCCUGAAGGCUGGAAACCUGUUCUGUCCCCUGACACGUGGAAGCAUUCUCCCCCUGUUUCUCCUGAUCUUCGGAAGUCUAGUCACACUGUUUCCUCUGACUCUUGGAAGCCCUCUUUCUUUCCUGAGGUCCGUAAGCCUGGCGCUUCAGUAUCUCCUGACUCUUGGAAACUCUCUGAGUCCCGGAAGUCUAUGUAUUUUUCUGAAACUCAGAAAUCCACCUCUGCUGCUUCGUCUGAGGUUCAGAAACGGGCGCAUUUCCCUGAACCUCGGAAAAGAGCUCUGUUCCCAGAGUCUCGUAAGUCUAAUCCCGCUGUUUCUGCUGAUGUCCAGAAACGUGCUGUCUUUUCUGAGCCCCAGAAUCAGGUGUCUACUUCUGCUGUUUCUGCUGAAGGCCAAAAACAUGCCCUGUGUUCUGAAGCCCAGAAAGCAGCUAUUGUUUCUUCUGAAGUCCAGAAGCAUGCCCUAUUUUCUGAAGCACAGAAGCUCGCCCCCAUUUCCUCUGAAGUUCAGGAGUCUGUUUCCUUUCCAGAGUCUCAGAAAUCUACUUCUCCUGAAAUUCAGAAACAUGGCCUAUUUACUGAGUCCCAGAAACCUCUUCCUUCUGUUUCUCCUGAGACCCCCAAACAAGCUGUUUUUACCGACUCCCAGAAAUCUACUGUUUCCCCUGAUGUUCAAAAGCAUGCUGUAUUUUCUGAGAUGCAGAAGCCUGUUGCUGCUUUAUCCUCUGAUGUCCAGAGACAUGCUGAAACUACUGUACCUUCUGAAAUCCAGAAGAACAUCCUGUUUUCCGAGUCUCACAAGUCUGCUCCAGGUUUUUCCUCCGAGCCCCAGACACCUAGUGAGUCUGGUGAGAGUGACUUUCUUUCUCACAGUUUAGAUGAUCAGAAACCACUGGAUGAUUUAUUCUCACAGGAUGAACAAUCAAUAUUAGCCAAAGAAUCACCAGAAGACAUGUUAUAUUCAUGCCCAAAAAAGAAGCCGAAGAAGGAAAACCAGGAGAACUCGGACUCUGAACUAAAUAGCAGUGAGUGCGGAAAAACAGAGAUGGACUCAAUGGAGAUAAAGGAGCAAGAAUCCAACAGUGACCAAGAGCAGUAUGAUAUGGAGUCAUCUGAUUACGGCAAAGAGAGCAAAAUAGAUGCAACUACUCCCAUGCAGCCACAGUGCGUGCUGCAGUUUACUGAAGAGAAGGAGGCUUUCAUCUCUGAGGAGGAAAUAGCAAAAUACAUGAAGCGUGGCAAGGGAAAGUAUUAUUGCAAAAUUUGUUGCUGUCGUGCAAUGAAAAAAGGUGCCGUCUUGCACCAUUUAGUUAACAAGCAUAAUGUUCAGAGCCCAUACAAAUGUAAAAUAUGUGGCAAAGCUUUUCUCUUGGAGUCUCUUCUUAAAAACCAUGUUGCUGCUCAUGGUCAAAGUUUGUUGAAGUGUCCGCGUUGUAAUUUUGAAUCUAAUUUUCCCCGAGGCUUUAAGAAACACUUAACCCAUUGCCAAAGCCGUCAUAGUGAUGAUACACCUAAAAAACACUUGGACAGCUUUGAACCUCUUGAAGAACAGAUUUAAUCUGUUUUUUCCCUUGUGCUAGAAAAGCUGAAUUUACAGAAGUGUUCAAAAGUGUUGCUGUAUGUUAACAGAGUAGUUUAGCUGAUCUGACAAGUCAGAAGAUGCAUGGUUUAUUGUACUAUGUUUAACUUGUCUUAUAGCUGUAUUACUGAAAUGAUCUACUUUCAAAAGUAAUUUUAAAUACGUGUUCAUGUCUUUGUAUUACCCAUCAGUAGAGUCAUAUUUUAUUUUUCCGAUGUACUAUGUUUUUGAAACCAAAAUGGAUACAAAUUAGUUUUGUAAAGAUUUGUAAAACAUACAGGCAAUUAAGGACUGGAGUGACAAGCAAUCCAUAUAUUCCUGUGAAGACUGAACUUGUUUUUUCACAUUUGUUAAAUGUUGUAUUUUUCAAAAUGUUUUUAUCAAAUUCUCAGAACUAAAAUUCUCCCCAAAUUGAACGUGAAUGAGCCAGGCAUGAGAAACUGCUAAUCCUUCUGGAAUAAUUCCACCCUGAGGUUGUAACUGAGUAAAUGGUCAUUUGUUGGAAAUCUGUUGCACUCUGACUGACUUGUCUCGGAUUUGGAAGCAUCCAAGGUACUUAUUUUGUGAUUCUGUAUUUUGGCCAUGUUUUAAGCAUGUACUAAUAUACGUUAAAUUGAUGGAUUAUUGCCAGACUAUGUAUAGCUCAACACUUUCUCUUGAUGAUUCAGAUGUUUUUAUCAUCAGAAAAUCCCUAAAUUUCUUGUAUUUGGUGAAAUGUCAUGCUUUAAUGUUUUAACAAUAAAAAGAAAACCAAACAGGCA